AUGAGGCAGAGGAGAUGGUUAGAAUUUCUAAAGGAUUAUGAUUUCGGUUUGAAUUACCAUCCUGGUAAGGAAAACGUUGUUGCGGAUGCCUUGAGUAGAAAGUCCUUGCAUAUGUCGAUGUUAAUGGUCCGUGAGUUAGAUUUGGUUGAGCAGUUCAGAGAUUUAAGUUUGGUAUGUGAAACUACUCCGAAUAGUGUGAAAUUGGGUAUGUUGAAACUGACUAGUGGUAUUCUGGAAGAAAUUCGGAAUGGACAGAAGUCCGAUGUUGGGUUAGUUGAUAAAUUGACAUUGAUCAACCAAGGCCAAGGAGGCGAGUUCCGGAUUGAUGAGAAUGGUGUUAUGAGAUUUGGUAAUAGGGUGUGUGUUCCGGAUGUUGCAGAGAUUAGGAAGAGUAUUUUGGAAGAAGGACAUCGUAGUGGAUUGAGUAUUCAUCCUGGUGCUACUAAAAUGUACCAUGAUUUGAAGAAGUUGUUUUGGUGGCCGGGAAUGAAAAAGGAAAUUACUGAGUUUGUGUAUGCUUGUUUGGUUUGUCAGAAGUUGAAGAUUGAGCAUCAGAAACCGUCAGGAUUGAUGGAACCGUUGUUUGUUCCGGAAUGGAAAUGGGAUGGAAUCUCUAUGGAUUUUUUGUCUGGUUUGCCAAGGACAUCGAAGAAUUGUGAUUCUAUCUGGGUUAUUGUUGAUCGGUUGACGAAAUCUGCUCACUUUAUUCCGAUAAGAAUGGAUUAUUCGAUGGAAAGGUUGGCAGAAUUGUAUGUUGAGAAGAUUGUGAGUUUGCACGGUAUUCCUUCUAGUAUUGUGUCGGAUCGAGAUCCGAGGUUUACAUCUAAAUUCCGGACGGGAUUGCAAGAAGCUUUGGGUACUAAGUUGCGUUUGAGUUCCGCUUAUCAUCCACAAACAGAUGGUCAGACGGAGAGAACGAUUCAGUCGUUGGAAGAUUUGUUAAGAGCUUGUGUGUUGGAGAAAGGUGGAGCUUGGGAUAGUUAUCUACCAUUGAUUGAGUUUACCUACAACAAUAGUUUUCAUUCGAGCAUUGGUAUGGCUCUGUUUGAGGCAUUGUAUGGUAGGAGGUGUCGGACACUGUUGUGUUGGUAUGAAUCUGGAGAGAGUGUUGUGAUUAGACCGGAAAUUAUCCAACAGACUUCGGAAAAGAUUAAGAUGAUUCAGGAGAAGAUGAGGACUUCUCAGAGUCUUCAGAAAAGUUAUCACGAUAAGAGGAGGAAAGAUCUUGAGUUUAGCGAAGGAGAACAUGUUUUUAUGCGAGUUACUCCGAUGACUGGUAUUGGUCGAGCUUUGAAGUCAAAGAAGUUAACUCCACGUUUUAUUGGUCCGUUUCAGAUUACCAAGAGAGUUGGGAAAGUUGCUUAUCAGAUUGCUUUGCCGCCGUCACUUGCAAAUUUGCAUGAUGUUUUUCAUGUAUCUCAGCUAAGGAAUUACAUUGCUGAUCCGUCUCAUGAGAUUCGGGUAGACGAUAUACAGGUACAAGAGAAUUUGACUGUGGAAGCGGUACCUGCGAGAAUUGAGGAUCGGAAGUUGAAACAGCUGCGAGGCAAGGAUAUCGCGUUGGUAAGAGUGGCUUGGGGAGGACCAGCAGAUGAAAAUGUCACUUGGGAGCUGGAGAGUCAGAUGAAGGACUCGUAUCCCGAACUGUUCGUCUAA